AAUUAACAUGCAUGUAUAAAUAAUAUAAAAAGGGUUUAAACUAUAAAAACAAACAUUUCGAUCAGUCCACCCUCAAUGAAGUAAUUGCACAUGCGUAGACCCAAGACAGCGCUUCUACUACGUCACUUCCUACGCGCGUAGGAUAAUGCUAAUAGCAGUUAGCAAAACAACAGACCAUCGAGAAGAGUCUCGCGAUUAAUGUCCACUCCGUUAAACACCGCUCUUCUCUACUGUAUGGAUGUUCUUUUGUAAGGUGCUGUGUCAUUAUAUCCAAACAACCGCGCGGCUAAGCGGCUGCUUAGUUGUUGACAUUGAUAAGGGAUGGUAAUUGUGUCGGCGCCCUCAAGGCGGACUUGGCUAACCCAACUUUUUCUUUGUCCGCGGAAGUUUUCCUCUGAUAUGCUUUUAAGCCUCCAGCUCGCUGAGCCUCGGCGUUAAGCCGGACUCCUGAGUUCGGGACCCGGUUAGGAUGAAGCUGCAGUGUGACGUGGAGGUGGUGAAUCGGCUGCUUCCCUCGUAUGGGAUGAAAAGUCGGGGUAAGGGGGCGAGAGCGGUGGUCUCCAUCGGGAAACACUUGGACAAGUCCAGCCAUCGCAGUAUUAUUUACAUGAUGAUCUGCACAGCCAAAGACAGGACAGGAGCUAAGUAUAAGCUAAAGGACAACAUCGAGAAGUUCUUUUCUUGGUUUGUGGAGGAAGGAAAGGCGACUGUAAGGCUAAAGGAACCAGCUGUUGACAUCUGUUUGAGCAAGGCUGAUGCGAACAGCUUGAAGAGCUUCCUCGCAGCAGCGCGUUUGGCAGACCGAGGGAGCGACUCCAGCAGCCUUCCUCUGUCCACGCUCACACCUGUUCGUGCCAGGGAUGUGGAGCAGCUAAAGAAGAAGCUCACCAUCAUGUCCAAGAAAGAUUACCCCCUCACCUCCAACUUUCCUUACUCCCUGGAGCAGCUGCAGGUCUCGUACUGCAAGCUGUCACGGGUGGACAUGCGCAUGCUGUCCCUUAAAGCACUGUGCAAGCUGGAUCUGAGCAACAAUCACAUCAAGAAACUCCCGGCGACCAUCGGCGACCUUGGCUGCCUCUCUGAACUCGUCCUUCAUAACAACCACCUGGAGGCCUUCAGUCAAGCCCUCUGCUUGUCAACGCUGCAGCGGACCCUCCGGGUCCUGGACAUCAGCCAGAACCGACUGCAGUCCCUGCCUGCACAGUUUUGCCAACUCAGAGAGCUAGUCAACCUGAAGCUUGACGACAACAAGCUUGUUUGUUUGCCAUUUCACGUCGGCCGACUCUCCAAGCUGAGGUUUCUGUCCGCUGCACAUAACCAGCUUACGGUUCUACCUUGUGACUUCCGUAAGCUGAGUCUGGAGAACCUGGACCUGUUUGGAAAUCCUUUUAUUCAUCCCAACCCUCUGGACCACGCAAUGCAACUUAAGUUUCCCCUCCCGCUUCAAGAGAUAGCCUCUAGAGCUGUGGCUGAUCUCAGGAUUCCAUACGGACCUCACCUCAUUCCUGCUCCCUUGUGUCAGGACCUCGAAGUAGCCAAGGCAUGUCAGUGUGGACGCAUCUGCAUCAACUUCUACAUCAAGACGGCAGUGAGCAUGAACCUGCACCAGGUCUCCCACACAGUGGUGCUGGUAGAUGACAUGGGCGGCACAGACGCGCCCGUGCAGCAGCACUUCUGCUCCCUCUCCUGCUACUCUGAAUUCUUAGAUAAUGCUCUGCAGCGAGGCGUGUGAUGAGGCGUGCAGGUUUUUGGCCUAAAACGUUUAUUGUGAUGUGAGAUGAUGACAAGAAGAGAGUGCUGAAUUUGGCAGCCCGGCGGUUUCCUGGUGGGAGGCUUUUAAUACCAGGAGAGUUUGGACUUUAUUUUGUUUUAAGAGUGCUUCCAGCAGCUGCUUUCACAUUUACAUUAAACAAACUUCACUUAGAACCUGCUCCAUUUGCACUAGACUGACUAUAUUCAGUCACACACAGAUUCUGGUCUGCUGUUCACAUUUUGUAUGUUCUCCCUUCAUUUUAGAGCAAACUACAGGUUCUAAUUACCCACACUUCUUAUGCAAGGGGACACAUGUAAAGACACCUCUUCUGUACACAGUACCUCAGGCUUCGUGUUGCUAAAAGGAUUUUUUUGUUACUGUUCUGAAGAUCCUUAUUUUUAAAAAAAAACAUGAAAAAAAUAAAAAAUUUUGUGUUAUGUGUUCA